AUGACCACUUACGCCGCCCACCCUUUCGCCCCCGCUCCGCCGAACGAAACCGCACCUAGGCCCGACGUCGUCCUCCGCAGCAGCGACGCCCCGGCGCCGACCGACUUUUACGUACACAAGGCGGUGCUGGCGCUCGCUUCUCCCGUCUUCGCGGACAUGUUCUCGCUGGCGCAGCCUGGGCCCGCUGUGGCGACUGACGGAAACGAGACAUUGCCUGUUGUCUAUAUGUCCGAGCGGGCGGCCAUUCUUGACAAGGCGCUGCGCUUUAUCUACCCGCACGCGUCGUUGUUUCCGGAGGGAGAAGACCGCUCGUUGUAUCCCCUGGACGACCUCCGUCUCGUUCCGGAAGCCCUGGUCUCGAAGUACCAAGUGGACUCCGCUACACCGCUGUGCAAACGUCUGCUCCGCGAACAUUUGUCCUCAACAACCAAUGCUGACGUUGUCGGUGUUUUUGUUGUCGCAUGUGGACUGCGUUGGCAUGACAUCGCUCGAGAAGCGGCCUGGGCGUCCCUUCGACUCCCGCUCCGCGAGUUCGUCACUCUGCCCCCAGAAAGCAGUCGCAAUCAGCCUCUUUCCAGCUCCAAUCCACCAACCGCUCUCACAAGCUCGCCUCUACUCGCCCACCUCCCUUCCUCGACCUAUCAUUCGCUCCUUACGUACCACGCAACCUGCGCUUCCCUCGCUGCCAACGCAACAACCUCCCUCCUCUGGCUUCCCUCAGAAUCUGUCCCCGGCGCCGACUGCACCAACUGGAACCACCCCGCGCUCUGUCCGCGCAUGGGGCACUGGACAUUUGCCGGCAAAACGCUCGCCCCGGCGACGCGCUGGUUCGCCGUGACGCUCGACUGGCUGGGCGAGCGGCUGCUGAAGGCGCCGUUACUGCCGUUCGACACACAACUCGCUGACGCGGGAGAGCUGCUCGUCGUCGCAGUCCGCGAGAUCGGCGACUGCGAGUCGUGUCGGCGGGACGGGUUUCCUGUGUUGUUGGAGUUUCUCCGCUUGUUGCGGAAACAUGUGGAGGGAGAGCUGAGGAAAGUGAGUGUCGCCUGUUGUGCCCUCGCGUGUGCACUCUCGCUGAUGCGUAGCAGGUCGAUAUCGUUCUAG